AUGUCAUCAGUAUUAUUACGUGACUUUUUAUAUCAAUUAUCUAUUUGUUCAGAAAAAGCAGCAUGUAUUGCACGUCAUAUUCGUUUUAUGCAUGCUGAUUUCAAUAGUAUGAUUGAAGAAAAACAAUUGGAUGAAAAUCAUCAACAUCUUGAUGCUGAUUAUAAAACUUUAGCUGAUGUUAUUAUUCAAGAAGUCAUUAAACGAGAUUUACGAAGAAUUUAUCCAGCAUUAACUAAUCAUAUAUAUGGAGAAGAAGAUGGUUCAUUAAAAUUAAAUUCAAGUGAUGAAAAAAUUUUCAUUGAUGUUACCGGUACUCAAGAAGAUAUUCAUAAUCUUCUUAAAAAAUUAUUUAAUAAUAAAUCUGCAGAAUCAACUGAAACUUUAGCUGAAAUAGUUUCAUCGUCUUCCAAUAUAACACUUUCCAACCAAUGUAAACAAUCAUUUGAAAAAAUUCCGCAUGAUAUAUUUAUUGAUUUAUCAAAUAUUGGUAUAUGGAUUGAUCCAGUUGAUGGAACACAACAGUAUAUAAAUGGUACUGAUGGAUUUGUUGAUUCGAAUACUGGUAUUAUUCAAGAUGGUCUUCCAGCAGCUUUAGUACUUAUUGGAUGUUUUGAUCUUAAGGAUGGUCGUGCUGUGCUUGGCGUGAUUAAUCGAGCUUUUAAUGAAAAAAUCGAUGAAUAUAGAUGGAAAGGUUUGAUUUAUUGGGGUACAGUAUUAUCAAAUGCAAAAUUUAAUAAUUUGGAAGAUGUUUAUAAACGACAUGAGAAUAAUAAUCAACGAGUAUUAUUACAUGGAAGUGCUGAUGUAAACACAUUUGAUAAUAUUUUAAAUGAUUGGACAAAAAUGGAAGUAUCAGCAUGUGGUAAUAAAUUACUAUCCAUUGCAUUGAAACAAGCAAAUAUAUAUUUAGUAACAAAAUCUGCUGCCUAUAAUUGGGAUUUAUGUGCUGCUCAUGCAAUUAUACAAUCUAUAAAUGGUCAAAUACUUGAUUUACGUCAAGUUAUUAAUUAUUAUCAAGAAAAUCGAACAAAACAAAAUCUAAAUUUAUCUCAAUUUGAAAUUAUUUAUAAUAAUAUAAAACCAAAUAAAUUUCAACCAAAAGAUUAUGCAUGUAAACCAUUUAUUGCUUAUCAUAAUCAACAAGAUCUAAUUGAUAUGCUCUCAUUAUUAAUAGUCGAUAAUAUUCUCAUUGAGUAA